AAGAUAAAAUGGCAGCUCUACGUGGAUGGAAAUUCGUUGGUUUCGUAUCCUGCAUUGUGGGAGCCAUUGGGCUAGCGGUGUAUCCUGUUAUACUGGACCCAAUGCUCAAUACGGAGAAGUACAAGUCGCUCCAGGAGUACAGCAAAAUAAAAAGAGAUGAGCUGCAACAUACUAUCAAAAGAAAGGACUGAAAGGGAAAGAUGUAUUUAAAAAUGCUGUGCCAUGUAAUUGGCAUGCGGAUUAGGCAUAAAACAAGAUGUACAUUUUGUAGUUUCCAAACAACCAAAAACACAAAAACUAUUUGUUAUCGAUAAAUAUAAUUUACCUAUUGUUCGUAUAAUUUAUGCAAUUAAGGUACUCAGAUAUUAUUUGAUAAUGUACAAUUAUAACCCGGAUAACUUCCGCGCAAAA